AUGGCGCUCGAGGGAAGAAUCCCUCCGAAACACGUUGACGUGUGCAUCCACGCCGGAGACUUGACGGAAGAGUCCAAGUUGGAAGAAUUCCGGACCACGAUCGUGCUGCUGCGCAGAAUAAACGCGCCGCUGAAGCUAGUCAUCGCUGGGAACCACGACUUCACUCUGGACACGCCAAUCUUCAGGAAGAAGUUGCAGGCGAUAAAACCACCGCUCGAGCCGAAGCUGGUCAAGAAGGUUUACGGCGAGUUCGAGGAAGCCAGUCAGCUGCUCCUCGAUGAUAAGAAGCAUGGCAUCCACCUGUUGAAUGAGGGCACGCACGACUUCACGCUGCAAAACGGCGGUAGGCUGCGCGUCUAUGCCAGCCCCUACACGCCGUCGCUGGGCGACUGGGGCUUCCAGUACCACCCGAGCCAGGGCCGCGACUUCGCCAUCGAGGACGGGACCGACGUCGUCGUCACUCACGGACCGCCGCGUGGCGUCUUGGACCGCACUGAUAGCCGGGAGCGGGCCGGGUGUCCGUUUCUCUUCGCGGCCGUGGCCAGGGUGAGGCCGCAGAUUCACGGCUUCGGCCACAUCCACGAGGGAUGGGGCGCCAAGAUGGUCGCGUGA